AUGAAGGUAACAACUGCUUUUGUUCUGCAAGUCAGCGUCGCUGCGGCUUCAAUCUUUGACACUAUUUUGCCUACUACCAAAGGUACCAUCACCAGCGACCCAUGGCAAUGCGCUACUCAUACAUUUGAGUCGUUCUUUGACGUCCCAAAGCCCACUGGAGCAUUGCUCGACGCCAUCUUGGACCAUGGCGAUGCAAUUCAAAAGGGUUGCAAAUCCACCCUUACUGAUGCCAUGGGGAUGUCUGUUUGCGCGUUCCCUCCUCAAUCUGACUGGUGUGCUUUUUCCAAGUCGGCCCCUUCAAGUCUUCUGACGGCGUAUUCGUCCUAUGGAAGCCUUGCCUCAUCUUGGUGGGCCGAGCACAGCUCUGAAGCAGUGGAAUAUGCAGAAUACUGCCCCAACGGUUGGUUCAGUGCCAUGACUUCACUCCCCUACGGCGCUGUUUGGCUGAACGACACGAUUGCAUUUGCUGGCUGUCAUGCCGCGGCACAUGCGACGGGCAAACCCAAGACCACGCUGAAAGCGACCGCGACUGCUGGCCCGAAGGCCGCUGGCACUGCUCCUGGUGCAACAGCUACUGCUGCUACGGAGAACAGGAAUGGUAUUGCUGGCAAGCGCGACGAUGUUGGUAUGUGGGUGGUUGCAGGAACUGGACUGGCUGCAACGGCUGCCAACACACUGUUGUAG